AUGUCUGCCAAAGCCAUCCUCAUCCUCUGCGCUCAAGCUCUUUUGGUCCAGUCUGCAUUCAGCUACUGCAUUUCCGGUAACAACUAUGGCGCUGGUCUAUCAGGACUGUCAGGCUACGGCCUGAGAUCUCCGGCCCUGGCUGCAGGAGGCAGUGACCUGGCUUGUGGAGCAGGCCUCGGGUACGGAGCAGGACUCGGCUACAACCCUGGUGCAGGCUACGGCAGCCUACCCAUCGAAGUAAUCCCCACCAGUGGUGGAGCUCUGCCUGUCUCCAGUGUGUCCUCGAUCGCUCCCAGCGGCCUUUCCAUAAACUCAGAGAAUGUGUUUGAUGGUGCUCUGUCCGUGGCUGGUGAGCUGCCGUUCGUGAGUGCUGUGGCUUUGGAGGGCGUGCUGGCAAGCGGCGGUGCUGGCGCCGUCAGCUACAGCUGCGGUAACGGUGUUACUGCUAUUGAGAACAUCGCUCCUGCUGGUGCCUAUGGUGGUGCAGGUGCCUUUGGCGCUGCGUCUGCCUCAGGACUUCCUGCUGGCUAUGGACUUGGUGUUAAUCAAGGUCUUGGAUAUGGUGCUGGUGCCAUCGCUCCUGGUCUAGUCUAUGGUGGCAACGGUGGCUGUGGAUGUGGAUGCAGACAACACUAA